CCAGCUUGUAUUAAUGAGCAGAACCUUGACUUUGUUUUCUCACUUCUUCGAGCGUCUCUUAUAUUCACGCUCUUAAAUAUGGAGGCAGCAAAAAACACAACCCUAUUCCUAGGCCGACCGAGAAAAAUCCUAACAGCCCAUGGGGUCUGGCCUCACCCAAACAACUACAUAAUUUUGCGCAAACUUUACAUGUUAUUUGUAAUGUGGACUCAGUACUCUUUUCUCCUCUUCGAAAUUAUUUACAUAGUCAACGUUUGGGGCGACAUUGACGAGGUAUCCGAGGCUUCUUAUCUGCUGUUUACUCAAGCAUCUCUGUGUUACAAGUCCACCACUUUUAUGAUCAACAAAAAAAGCUUAUUGGAGCUCCUAAAUAUUAUGGAUAGUGACAUUUUUAAGCCCAAAUCUGCGGAACAUGAGAAAAUUUUAGCAGCUCAAGCUCUGAAGAUAAAGCGCCUGUGUUUGUUCUUCUUGACGAGUGCCACCACCACUUGCACUUUAUGGGCAAUGAUACCUCUUUUCGAUGAUGCUAGCAAACGGUCUUUCCCUUUUAGGAUCUGGAUGCCGGUAACACCAUUGAAGUCACCAGAUUAUGAGCUCGGCUACUUGUACCAGAUGGUCAGCAUCUACAUCAGCGCUUUCCUCUUCAUAUCAGUGGACAGCGUCGCCGUGUGUAUGAUCAUGUUCGGUUGUGCAGAACUAGAGAUUAUUAUGGACAAGAUUCAGAAGAUCCAAAGUAUAUUCAAUACAGAUCAGUCAGAAGAGGGUCGAAAGAAGUUGAUCAAAAUGAAUAACGAACUCCUAGACGAAUGUGUCAAGCAGCAUCAGACGGUUGAAAGACUCAUCCAACUUUGUGAAGAUACGUAUCACGCGAAUAUCUUCUUUCAACUAAGCGGUACUGUUGCCAUUAUCUGCAAUAUAGGAUUAAGGAUUUCUAUUGUGGAAAAGAACAGUGUGCAGUUCUUCUCGAUGUUGAACUACAUGGUGACGAUGCUGUCUCAGCUGUUCCUGUACUGCUGGUGUGGGCACGAACUUACAAUACGGAGUGAAAAUCUUCGAGAAUGGUUGUACCAAUGUCCAUGGUAUGAGCAGGAUGCCAAGUUCAGACGAUCUUUGUUCAUUGCCAUGGAACGUAUGAAGAAACCGAUCAUUUUCAAAGCUGGUCACUACAUAUCGCUGUCUCGACCUACGUUUGUAGCGAUACUACGCUGUUCAUACUCAUACUUCGCAGUCCUGAACAGGGUGAACACAGAUUAAAAAUAAAACUUCAAAUUUCACAAAUUAUUAUUAUUUAUUUAUAAACCGUGUAGGUAUCACAUAUGCUUAGUGUAACAUUCACGACAGUUUAGGCGAAAGUGUGCUUAAUUAUGAAAAAUAUUAUCUUUUUUUUUCUCGUAACAUUCAACGAUACUUCCUAAAACCUUAUUUUGAACACCCUAUGAUACUUCAAUACGAUUUAUUUUUAUAAUCUGUGGUAUAAAAACUCAAGACGCCGUUAUCGUCGCCAGCGAAUAAAUUAAAAACAAAAAAGGACACAGAUAAAAAUAAAUAAAUCGUACCAAAAUAUCGCAGAGUGCACAGGCUUAAAAACAUUUUUGAUUUUUAGUCAAAUUGAUAAAUUCGUGCGCUUAAAUUAAAAUAACAAGUAGCAUAAAGGCGAAAGUGUAAAACAAUUACAACCACAUUUUAGAAUUUAUAUUCGCAAUAAAUAGGAGAUUACGGCCUAUUUAUAUAGGAACGAUAAACUUAAUAAAAUUACAAACGGAGCACUCACUUCGAGAUUCAUACCACAUGAAUUGUACGUAUAUUUAAAGAAAGCUCAAUCCCAUAACAUCCUAAACAUAGCUAACUAAAAUACAACAAACGCCAACCAAUCAUAGAAAAACAUCAUUUUUAUAUAAAUAGGCCUUGGUUUAUAGAAAUACAUAAUUUGAGUAAAUUCAGUAGCAUACCAAUUUUCCUUAGAGCGCUUUCGCACGUAGCGAUCUUGCGUAGCCGCGUAGGCGAGCGUGUCGAAACGGCUACGAGGCAUGCGCAGCUAAGCACAUGCGCCUACGCCGAACAAACGCUCCUUGCAAUCUUUUAUUUAUUUAAUACUGCAAUAAAGCGUGAACCAUACUUUUCUUUCAUUUGAACCCCUUAUCUUUUAAAACAAUCACAUCAAAACGACUUAAGAAAUAAUUUUGAAAUAUUAAUAUUUAAUUUUUAUAAUGGUAACAAUCAGUCGC